GUCUUCAGUUGACUCGCAUCGUCUUUCCUGUUUCUCACACAACUACCUACAGCCAUGGAUGAUGAUGUUGCUGCAUUGGUCUGUGACAACGGCUCCGGUAUGUGCAAGGCCGGUUUCGCCGGUGACGACGCUCCCAGAGCUGUCUUUCCCUCCAUCGUCGGACGCCCCAGACAUCAGGGCGUGAUGGUUGGUAUGGGACAGAAAGACAGCUAUGUUGGUGACGAGGCUCAGUCCAAGAGAGGUAUCCUCACCCUCAAGUACCCUAUCGAGCAUGGUAUCGUCACCAACUGGGACGACAUGGAGAAGAUCUGGCAUCACACCUUCUACAACGAGCUCCGCGUUGCACCAGAGGAGCACCCCGUCCUCCUGACAGAGGCUCCCCUCAACCCAAAGGCCAACCGUGAAAAGAUGACCCAGAUCAUGUUCGAGACCUUCAACUCUCCAGCUAUGUAUGUGGCCAUCCAGGCCGUUCUGUCUUUGUACGCUUCUGGUCGUACCACGGGUAUUGUUCUGGACUCUGGUGAUGGUGUUACCCACACUGUCCCCAUCUAUGAAGGUUAUGCUCUUCCCCACGCCAUCAUGAGGUUGGAUCUUGCUGGCCGUGACCUGACUGAUUACCUCAUGAAGAUCCUAACUGAGCGCGGCUACUCCUUCACCACCACUGCUGAGCGAGAAAUCGUCAGAGACAUCAAGGAGAAACUGUGCUACAUCGCCCUUGACUUCGAGCAGGAAAUGGCAACUGCCUCAUCAUCUUCCUCCCUGGAGAAGAGCUACGAGUUGCCUGAUGGCCAAGUCAUCACCAUUGGUAACGAGAGAUUCCGUUGUCCAGAGGCCCUCUUCCAGCCUUCUUUCUUGGGUAUGGAAACAGUUGGUAUACACGAAACCACAUUCAACUCUAUUAUGAGGUGUGAUGUUGAUAUCCGUAAGGACUUGUACGCCAACACUGUUCUCUCAGGAGGUACCACCAUGUUCCCUGGUAUCGCCGACAGAAUGCAGAAGGAGAUCACAUCCCUUGCCCCAAGCACAAUGAAGAUCAAGAUUAUCGCACCACCAGAGAGGAAAUACUCCGUCUGGAUCGGUGGCUCCAUCCUUGCCUCUCUGUCCACCUUCCAGCAGAUGUGGAUCAGCAAGCAGGAGUACGACGAGUCCGGCCCAUCCAUUGUGCACAGGAAGUGCUUCUAAAUGAUCUAGAGACAAAACCUUGGGAAUAUUCACCAAACUUGAAGACAGGGUGACCUUCGUCCGAAAUAUGACGCACUAAAUAUUUGUGACCUAUUUAAGUUAUUUAAAUGUUUUAAUUUUGACUACAACCCUAUACAAUAUUUAUGUUGACAAAGAAGGGAUUCUGCUAACACACGAAGGCAAUAAAUCGAUUUUAAACUUAA